UAUAGCUUCAACAACAUUUGAAAUAUUGAAAAAUAAAAAAAAUCGCAAAGAUUUUAAAUUGAUAUUUUCCUUUUCAUAUAAAAAAAAUUAUAAUGAAACUUUCUAUUAGUAUUUUUAUAACCUUGGCCCUAAUCUAUUUUGAAAGCGCUUGUGCAGCCCCAUCGUUAUCAGCAAAAUGUGUUGAACCGGUCGAAGUUGGAACAUGUUCUUUAAAACUUCCACGAUUUUAUUAUGACACAAAAACAGAUGAAUGCAAAGAAUUUCGAUAUGGUGGAUGCCGUGGAAAUAAUAAUCGAUUUGGUACUAAAGAAUUUUGUGAAAAAGAAUGUAAAAAACCAAAUGAAACGAAAAAAAAUUAAAAGUUACAAAUUCAAUCGCCUAAAUUUAUGCAAUAUAAAAAAAAAAUUUUAAAAGAAUUACGUAUAAAAAUUUAAUAAUGGCGUUGUGAUUGUUUAAAUUAUAGUUAAUGUAGAACGCGCAAAUAAAAUUUUUUAAGAAAAUAAAUAAAUAUACAAGUAU